AUAGUUGGACAACAUGCCAGUAACUAUCAACAAAACGAUGAGCAAGAUAAUCGCCAACAUGAAAAAAGAAAAUAAAACCAUCAAAGAGAUCCAUGCAUGGCUCAAGGAAAGUGGCAUUAUAGUCACUUUAGAAACGGUGCGCUAUCAUGCAUUCGAGAGAACAACGCCCAGAUUUGUAUUUCCUACAAAAUGCACAUGGAGAGUGCAACAAAUUGUGGAGGAACUAACUCGUGAGGAUGAUGAGCGUACUGCUCUGCAAAUAAAACGAAUUCUCCAUUCCAAGUAUGACCUGGACAUAUCGGCCACCAGCAUCAGAAGGAUGCGACGGAAAAUGGGAUGGACCUUUGGCGCAACAAGGAUAUCUCCAAUGAUAAGAGAUGUGAAUAAAGAAAAGAGAGUGGAACAGGCACGGCGAUGGAUUGAGAGUGGUGAAACAUUUGAUGAUGUCAUUUUCACAGAUGAAUCGUCUGUUGCCCUUGAGCGGUUCUCCAGAAUGUCAUUCAGGAAACGUAACCAUAUCUCUUUAAAACCACGCCCAAAGCAUCCAUUGAAAGUCCAUGUAUGGGGAGGCAUAUCACGAUUAGGAGCUGGUCCCCUAUUAUUUUUCGAAGGUACAGUACUAUACUUUAUUCUGUGCCUGUGUUCUGUAAAAAUACAUGUUGUACUGUAGAGUACGUGUAACUGCACAAUAAAAGGAGUUGCUUAUUAAUGAACAACAUUUUUUGAUUUCUGUAGGAAUCAUGGAUAAGAAAUAUUUCCAAGAAACAAUAGUAGAGAAAUGUAUGGUGCCAUUUGUGAAUAAAUAUUACCCAACUCACCAUAGGAUAUUCCAAGACAAUGAUCCUAAACACUCCGCCUCAGCCAAAUUUAUGGAAGAGAAAGGUAUGAAUUGGGAACGCACACCACCAGAAUCACCAGACAUGAACCCAAUCGAAUUAGUGUGGGCUCAAUUGAAGAGGUACGUUAGGAGUGUUGCAAAGCCAACAACAAAACAGCAACUGGUGGAUGGGAUAAAGAAAUUUUGGCUAGAAGUACUCACACCUGAACAUUGUAAUAAUUAUAUAAAUCACCUGUAUAAAGUAUUACCUGUUGUAGUUGAAAGAAAUGGUCAAGCCACAAAUAUGUAGUUCUGUAUUUUCUGUUUAAAAUUUUAAA